UUGGUUAUCCCUUCCCUAAUGAGUUUGUCUGCUCAGAUUUUGGGCUUGUUCAAAAAAACACCCGAUCCCGUUUCGGGGUUUUCUCAUUCACGACCAAGCCGUCGAUCCGUUUGUACUGUUGGGAGAGAUCUUGAAUGGCCACUUUUAUGUGAACAAAGGAUAUGACUGUCCAUUAUUUGGUAUGCGUAUGGUAUGCCAGUAUACGCAUAGAUGACCCCCAGGUCCCUUUAGCCUUCGUUCUUCACGAAUUCUAUUCUAUAUUCUAGAAAUAAUCAAAUUAACCCGAUUUUCUAUUAUUUUGCGCCGAUCAAGGACCGGAGGUCAAGGACCGACGAGGGGUUGGUGCAGAGUGGACGUCUGGUCUGAUUAUGACAUUCGAUGCCGAACUGACUCCGUUUAUCGUUGAUAUUUCCUGUUCUUUCUUCGGGCUCAUCUUACUCCUGUUCGCCUAUUACCAACUGAAGACUACUUGCUGGCAAAAAAAAAUGAACAAGAAUAAAGACUCACCGCCUACAGACGAAAACGACUCAAACACGACACCCGUCAGCGCGCUGAGACCGUGCACGAACUUCAAACGUUCCUCUAUAAGACGUAGUUGCCGAAGACGUCCUGCCGACGAAGACGACACGAGUAUAAAAGCCAGAAAGAAACUGUUCAAAUUCGACAGUAAACCAGCUGAUGAACCGGUCAAGAAGGUCGUCGAAAAAGCCAAAGUGUCCAUCCCCGAAGAAGUCAUCGCCGUGCCGCUUGACAAGGUGAAAACCGUCGAACAAGUCAUACGUCAACGAAGGCUGAGAAUCUAAAAGCAAUCUGUAUAUAUGUAUUAUUUAAUGUUUAUUUUAUUAAUGGGUCGUGCAAUAUACUUUUUACACAACUAAUUUUUUUUUUAAG